GCCUGAGAUGACAGCUGAACCGACUUUGGGGAAGGUAAAGAUCGAAGUUGGAAACAGCCAAGUUGAGGGUCGGCUCGAUUCCUUAUUCAUGCAGCUCCUCGAUGCCCUUUAGCUCGCCCUUAGCCCAGAAGCUUUAAUGCUGGAACAGCAUCCGAAGCCAGCACCAGAAGCACGAUGAUUCCGCCGGAAUAUUGCACAGCUUGUAACCCUGUUAACCUCGGCGAAUAUGAGGGCCAUUGUAAGACACAUCCUUUUGGGCACAGCCAUGGGCCAAGGAAGCCAGCCCCAUCGCAAAUGUUUCAAGAGCAAACCCAAACUGUUCAGGCGCAAGAAGAUGGAAGCGAUUUUGAUAUUGUUAAAGCCACUCAGUAUGGACUGUUAGAGAGGUGCAAAGAAUUAAUUGAAGGUGGUUAUAAUGUUAACCAACCUGACCGGGAGACUGUAACUGUUCUGCACUGGGCGGCAAUUAACAAUCGUCAGGAUAUAAUUAGAUACUAUGUCAGUAAAGGGGCUAUUGUAGAUGCAAUCGGUGGUGAGUUAAAAGCUACACCUCUCCAUUGGGCUACAAGGCAAGGACACUUAGGUAGUGUAACACUUUUAAUCCAGUACGGCGCAGACCCUUCAAUCUGGGACGCUGAAGGUUGUGCUUGUAUUCACGUCGCUGCACAGUGUGGGCACACAUCAAUCGUCGCUUAUCUAAUUGCGAAAGGGACCAAUCCAAACCUGCAGGACAAGAACGGCAUGACACCAUUAAUGUGGAGCUGCCAGAAAGUUACAAGUUUGGAUCCUACACGACUACUUCUUACAUUCGGUGCCAGCACAACUAUGCAAGAUGCAGUUCAAGGUAACACUGCACUGCAUUGGGCAAUCAGUUCCCGAAAUCACCUUGCGGUGUCCUCACUUAUUAUGAAUGGAGCCAGUUUAGAUAUUCAAAAUGCACAGGGAAUUAGUGCAUACAAUUUGCUAUCAACAUCUGAUGCAUGUGCUUGGGUGGGGAAGAAAGUGUUAGAUAAGGUGGCUGAGCAUCCUGUUGUAAGCCAAAGAAACACUAUAUGUCAAAAAAUAAAAAAUGAUAAGAGGAUAAAAUAUUACAGUAUGGUGUCUACACCAUUCCUCAUGUUUUAUCUAGUCGGAAUGACAUUGCAAAGUAGCAUUCCUUACCAAGCUAAAAUUGCAGUAUUGAUGUGUGCAGUAUUAGCUCUUCAUUUUACAACAAAAUUUGUUUUUGUCGAGAAGCUUAUAAAUAUACUGCCCUUGUCGGUUUAUUUAGCUACAAAGUUUUGGUUUUAUUUGACGUGGAUACUGUGGCUUAGCCCAACAAUGUCAUUGUUGACAUCGUUAAUAUUCAUGUUUAUGUCUGCUUUGCUAUGGCAUUUCUUUUACAAGUCGUGGCGAGGGGAUCCUGGUGUGGUGGCGACGUCACAAGACCAGAAGUUUAGGUUUUUUCAGACAAUAAUUGAGUUAGCGGAAAGAGGCGGAUUUGAUACGCAAUACUUUUGUAGUUCUUGUCUUGUCAGGAAGCCGAUUAGGUCAAAGCACUGCUCAAUUUGCAAUGUUUGUGUGGCUAAGUUUGACCACCACUGUCCUUGGAUAAACAAUUGCAUAGGUGCAAGGAAUCAUAGAUACUUCAUAGGAUAUUUAGUUAUGCUAGUAACAAUGUGUUUGUUCAUGUUGUACGGUUGUUCAAUGUUUUGGAAUGCCAUGUGCCCAGGAACUAACGAUAAUUUUUUUCAAAAUUUAUGGGUUAUUGCACAGUGUGACAGCUGGGUGUUUUUUGUUGCAACAAAUGCUGCAGUCCAUACAAUUUGGGUGACAGUGCUUUUAGCGUGUCAGACUUAUCAGAUAUCUAUAUUAGGAAUGACUACAAAUGAAAGGAUGAACGCAGGUAGGUAUGGUCAUUUUAUUUCUGCGGGAAGGAGCCCAUUCGACAGAGGUAGAUGUCAAAACAUAGUAGAUUUCUUCCAAAUAAGCUGCGCUGGUCUGUGUAGGCCAGAUACCACAGAUUGGCUUGUUACCUAUCAUGUGCCAAUGGCUACUACCAAUUUACCUGAACACCGACCGCUGGUCGGUGGAAAACACCAUGACUACCAGUUCGUUUAGUUAAGUACAAACUAUUAGGAAUAACUUUGGCCAUUGCUGUUACUCAGAAACAACUGCUGCGAUCUCAUUAAGAACAUUAGCAAUGCUUUGCUUGAUGUAUCAAGGUAUCUGGCCGAUCUGUCCUCAAACCUUUCCCAAACGCACCUGUUUCUGAGUUGGACAUUGGCAAUGUUUUGUGCUGAGAAGGGAGCGCUAAAAUUAUUUGGCUUCCUUCUUUCUAACUACAGAAUUUAUGUUUUUAAAAAACAUUUCUGCAAGGCACUUGUCACUCAUAUCACAAUUUACAACAUAAAUAAGACUCAAAAAUUAUUUUGGAACUGACAGUUAGUAAUGCUUAUAUAUGUAUCAAAUGCUUUAUAAAGAAAGAUGUAUAUAAUAUUUAAAUCUGUAAUUUUGAGUUUUUUAUUGUAUAAUUUCAUUUUUUUACUAUUCUAAUAUUUUAUAAACACUAUUAAAAAGUGAAUGCUAUACCAAAUCUGUUUGCCAGUGAUAUCCGCUACAAAUAAAACCAAGUAUUUUGUAGAAAACUGUCUAAUUAUCGUAAGAGAUUCUAGUCCGGUUUCCAUGUUUGUAGAGUAAGUAGUGUUUCAAUUAUGAAAGCAAAUGUCAAUUAAAUUUUUUUCCCCUUGAGGCUUUUCAAAAAUGUAAUAACGUUCUAUGUAUAUUUUUGAAAGUCUGUAAAUAUUGUAAUGAUUUAUUGAUGUUAUUAAUUGUACAGUAGAUAUGUAUGUAAAUUAUAAUUGUAUUUUUUAUUCUUCCGUUAGGUUUCAGUGGUCAUAAAUUUUUUAUUAACUUAAUAUUUAGUCUAUUUUUGAGUCCAAUUGGGAAAUAAUUUCUCACUUGCUGCAUUUCACACAGAACAAUAAGUUUGAUAGUCACAUACCAAAGUGUUAAAUAAACAAAUUUGUAAUUUUAUAUGUAUUUUCUUGAAAUUUGUCAUUCAAUUUAUUUACAUUAACAGAGUGAGUAAUUUCCUAGUUUUGUUAACAAAGUGAUUAAAAAAUCCCACAUUUGGUACAGCGUGGUAAAUAUGUGUAUUUCAGUUAUUUCUUUUUUGAAAAAUAAAGCAUGAGUGUAAAUUAUAAUACAACAGCUGAAAUCAUUAAUACGGUUAUUACUUGAAAUGCACAUCAUAUCAUUUUAUAUUUAACUUGUGGAUAUCUGCAUUAGAGUUUAUGAUAAAUAUAUUUUAUUUUUUCUUAAUGUAAAUGUAUUUUCAAUUUUAAUGAAAGGGGUUGUUUAUAAGGAAUGGAAAUAAUGUAUGAUAAUUGACUUGAUAAAAUUGUUGAGAAAACUAAUUGUCUGUCAAAGUUGUGUUAUUUGAAAUCUGUUGCUUUUAGGGAGAAUUUGUUACUUUUGUUUGAUCUAUUGAAAAGUUGCUCUGUAUUUUUUUGUUUUUACAACAAACUAUUAUAAUAAUAUAAAUGAUCUCAUCUCAUCUUUAGAUUGUACUUAAUUGAUAGUUUUGUAAAAGUAACACAAUUUUAAUGUGCUAUUUUUUAUUUUAAAUUAUUAAUGGAUUAUCUAUAAAAAAGAUACUGAAGUUGGUCUAUUUAAACUGUGUCCAAAAUUCAAGAAAAAGUUAUUAUUCCGAUGGACUAAAAUAAAUUGAUUCUUUAAAAUUGAGUUAUAGUUUAUAAGUCACUGUAUAUGAUUCUUAUAUAUCAUGUAUGCACUGAUUAUUUGUAAGUAUUAAUAUUUCUAAAACUUUAAUAUUACUCUAAGGGAUUUUUAUAAUAGGUAAAAUAUAAAAAUUAUAAUUUAACUGACUAGCUUCAAAACUUUUGCUACACUACAAUAAAUUAUAGUAAUAAAAUAAUGGAUCCAAUUUAUUAUUGGCAUACUUUUAUGCAUGCAAUAAAAAGUGUUGUUAUGCUUCCAUGUUGAUAUUGUACAUGUUUGAAAUUCUAAGAAAAAAAUAUUGUUUACAUAG